AUCAAAUUACAGUGCCCAAACAGCAACAGCAAAUCAAGCACCACGGUAAUGGGGAAACAAUACAUCUUUACGGUCAAUGCAUCACAAGCACACACCCUGGAUAUCCUAGGUGUGGCAAUCACCAACAAAUACACAAUCUCAGUAUCUAGUGACGGAUAUGCCAAGUUCUGGGACAACAAAAAAGAUGAAAUCCAUAAUCCCCUGGAAUAUGUCAAGCUGUGCUUUAUUAACAAGAUAGGUAUCCACCAUAUCGCCGCUUACGAAAACACCUUGCCUUCAUCCACUGUCAAAGUGACAUUAUUGGCAUUUGCAUGUUUUGACGGAUCAGUAGUGUUCAAGUACUAUGUCAAUGACGAUUUCGACACAUUGAAAGACUGGGAAGAUACAAAGAUGUCUAACUGCUGGGUGCCGCAAUUCUAUCGUGAUCCUGAGUCAAAACAGGAUUACUUCAUAGUAACCAAGACAACAGGGUCCACCUCGGUCAACCAUUUGAAAAUAACUGAACAAGACGGGGAAGUCGCCAUUGCCAUUGAACAAACUGGAGAAUUAGACCCUGCAACCUCGUCAUUUCCCAACUCAUUGGCUGUAUGUCCUACCAAGAACAAAAAGGCUGCUAUAGGGUAUAUCAACGGUGAUGUACUCCUUUACGAUUUCGAAAAUUUGAAACUUGUAUAUACAUUCCACUCCCCUGAUUUACAACAAUCCUACAAGUCAAGCACUACUUCAAUACCUCGAGUGCUUGCCUUCUCGCCUGGAGGUACUUUACUUGCCGUGGCUAGAGACAAUCAAGCAGCGGGAUCCAUCACGUUAUACGAUGUGGACCACGGUGAGAAUGUAGGUACGCUUACUACCCCAUCGCAUAACACCAAGAGUACAAUUGGAGGAUUUGCCCACCAAGGAUGGAUAAUGGAUCUUAGUUUCGACGAAGAAGGGAAGCUUUUGGCUAGUGGUGGAUUCGACAAGUGUGUCAGAGUAUGGAAUUUGGAAACUGGUGAGCGUGAGGCUACAAUAAAUAUCAGUGCUAGUGAUUUGGAUGAUGUCGAGCAAGGUGAGCAUGAUACUAGUGUUGUUAGCGGGGUUAGAUUUAUUAAGAAGGGGGUAAGAGGUGGUGCUGGCGGUGAUAGCAAUGAAGGAUUGUGUGUUGUUAGUUUUGAUAGAGGUAUUAGAUGGUACCGAGAAGCUGGAGGUAUCUAAGUAUUAAUAUAGCACAACACUGUAGUAUCGAGUCUAAGCUCUUUGUCUAUGCUGUAGAGAAACCGUUGACAUUCUCUCCUACGCUACCAAACGUGCAAUAU